GUGGAACCGGGUGGUGGAGCUGGUGGAGCAGAGGAAGGACCAUCUCAGCUCCGUCCUGACGAUCCAGAACUACCUGCUGGAGUGCACCGAGAUCAAGGCGCAGAUCCGGGAGAAGCGCCGCGCCGUGGAGGCCAGCCAGUACAGCAGCGGCGACCUGGGCGGCGUCCUGGCCUUGCAGCGCAAGCUCUCCACCAUGGAGGCUGCCCUGGUGGUGCUGGAGCCCAAGCUCCUGGAGUUGCAGCAGGAGGGCGAAGCCUUGGCCACGGCCCACCCGGCCCAGGCGCUGACCGUCUUGCUGCACUUCGAGGAGAUCAGCGAGGAGUGGGAGGCCUUGAAGAGGACCCUGCAGGGCUGCGAGGACUCGCUCUCCGUGGCCAGCCGGCUGCAGCAGUUCAUCCAGGACCUGGACAACUUCCUGACCUGGCUGGUGAAGACUCAGGCGGCCGUGGCCUCAGAAGAGCUGCCCAGCAACUUGGCGGGGGCAGAGCGGCUGCUGAGCCAGCACGCGGCCCUCAAGGAGGAAAUCGACCGCUACGAGGAGGACUACACCAAGAUCCAGGCGGCCAGCGACCUGCUGGCCCUGGAGGAAGCCGACGUGCCCUGCCUCUCGCUCCAGCAGUGGCUGCAGAAGCUGGACGUGGGCUGGAACAAGCUGCUGCAGAUGUGGGAGAGCCGGCGGGAGGCGCUGGUCCAGGCGCAGAUCUUCCACCUUUUCCUGAGGGACGUGCAACAGGCUGAGGCGUGUCUCCACAACCAGGCGUCCACCCUGGCCCACGCGGAGCUGCCCACCACGAUGGAGGCGGCGGAGAAGGCCAUCAAGAAGCACAAGGAUUUCAUAACCACCAUGGAGCUGAGCGUGCCGAAGACGACGCUGGCCCUGCGGGCCGGGGAGAGCCUGGUGCGCCAGGGCAGCCCCUACAGCGAGCGCGCCCAGGAGGAGAUGGCGGCGCUCAGAGACAAGAACCACCAGAACUUCCAGCUGGCCCAGGAGUGGAUGCAGCAGCUGAACGAUCACUUGGAUCUGCAGCGUUUCUUGCAGAACUGUCAGGAG